CCCAAACUGCCAUUUCUAGUUUUACUCUACCCAAUGCUACCAACCGCCACAAUUUAAAAAUCGAAAUUUUACAAAAAGAAACGCUAAAUGCCAAGAAAAGAAAUAAAAUCGAACACCGAAAAAAUGUACGCAAGUAGAAGAGAAGGAAAUAAGAUUUUUUGUGUCAUGCCUCACUCGUUACCCGUGCAAACAAAUCUACAACACAUCGUAAUUGAAAUUAUUUAUUGAAAAACCUCGACUCUUUUAAUUGCAAAGUUAUAUUAAACUCAAUUUAUAUCAAAGUAAUCGAAGGAAAAACGCGGAAAAACUACCGAAAAGUUUGUUUUGACAUUUGCCCCUCGAAAACAUUUGACAGCAGCCCAUCGCCCCCCUCAAAAUAUAUAAAUUUGUAACUCGUAUUCGACUCGGGCUGUGAACUGAACUUCUUGGCGAGGCGAGCAGCAAAUUGAAUAGAAAUUUUUGCGACAGCCAAUCGACGAAAAAAAAUUAAUUGAGAAAAAGAAAAUGUGCUCCAACGAGACAAGUCAUUGGGAAUAGUUAAUAUGUUGGUUGCGUUGUUAGGUAACUAAGGAAGUCUCUUUGGAAUUUGGUCAAAAAGUUGCGAGGAAGUUAGUGGCGGGCAAUUGUUGGAAAAGUGUUUUUCGUUCUGUUUUUGGGAGAAAAGUGUAAUUUAUGAAUUAAACUUUGAGUGCAAGUCGAAAUAGUUUAUAGGGUUAAGAUUCUGGAAUAAUAUUGAAUCGGUUGAAAAAGUAGCUAUUGAAGAUUCUUUUUUGAGGUAGUUUAGAAUUAUUCAAAUUGUCAUUGUUAGUUGAGCGGCCUAGCGGUGGACUAGAAUGCGUACAUGAGAUUGUUGUUGAGCACUUAGAAUGGAUACAACAGCAAAUGCUCUGGAAGAGGCAAGCUCCGAGAGUGAAUACAGUGAUUCGUAUGAAGGUGAAAGUAAUUCGGACUCGGCUGGCGGUGCCACAACAUCAUCAGGUGAAGAGGAGGAAGAUAAUGGCGAUGGGGAGGGUGAAGAAGAUGAGGAGGACUACUCUCCUCCAGAGGACUCAGUUGAGAUGGCCCGCAUCACUAAGGACACCUUGUUGCAUCUGCCGAAGGGGCUUUGCGAGAAUGCGGCAGUGUUCCAAGAGUUCUUCUCGAUGGAAACAUGGCGAAUGCUUCCUGCAAACUAUCAGGCAUAUCUAAAGAACAAAUUCAUUCCCCAUUUUAAAGAGAACAACGAACAGGAGCAAGAGCAAACUCUAGAAAUGCUCUUCAACAACAAACUAGAUCGAUUUCAAUCCUCGCCACUGAUUGAUCUGCAGCGGAAUCUCGAGGAGGGAAAUUAUCGUCCCGAUGUGUUGCGGCUUCGCGAAAGCAUUGCAAAAUCUCGUCGGCGAGAACGGCGCUUCCAAGAAUACGAACGUAUCAGUCACAUGGCCAAGAACAUGCUUGUGUCGAGGGAACGUUUACUGCGUGUGGCGUACGAAUCUCCGCAAGGAACCGAGUUGAGAGUGGAGAAAGUCUUGAAAAAGACUCCACAGCUGGACAAGACAGUGUCGGCGGUGAGAGCGCGCAAAAGAUUCUAUUCGGAAAUUCGGCAGUUGCGGAGUCAAGUGGGCAUAGCUGAGUUGAGUGAUGAAGAUCUGGAAGAUGAACCGCUACCAGAUGUCGCUGCUGAUAAUUCAGAACCUGCAGUUAAGAUGGAAGUGGAACAAGCAAAAGAGGCAAAGAUCUUAGGGACAUUGCAUCGCUAUAAGAAAUUCAACAAAAUGGGACCUGUUGAAAUUCUAUGCGACACAAACUUUAAGAAGGUUCUAUUCGAACACAAAUGCAAGAAAUUAGAAGAGCCCGAUCGUCCCGAGUUCGAGACAAACGAUAUUCGUCUUAGAGACGUUUAUGCCCGAACACAAAUGACUGGAAGCUAUAAGCGCGUCUUUGCUUCCGGCAAAACACCUGGACGCAAGCCAAAAGCGAAACUCCUUCAAGAAAAAACCGAAGAACAGACACCUGUGGAAGUUAAGGUUGAAGUUAAAGAAGAACUUCCCACCACAUCACCGACCUUGGUAACGCCCCCAGCCCACCAACCACCAAAAAUACAAACCCCACCCGACAGAAUCUAUGUGGAACCACCAAUACAACAGCCACAACCACAGUCGCAGCAGGCGCAACAUUCAAUUGCUAUGUCUCCGCCACAACAAACAAUUGAACCAGCUACUUUCGAGCAGCAGCAACAACAACAACAACUAGAAGAUUCGGAAGAGGAUGAGGUUGUGAACGUUGAGGCAAUCGAAACGACGUCAAUGUGCCAACUACCAAUCAUCAAUGGCUCCGAUUUCGUGCACUCGGAAGAAGUCAUAAUUCCAAUGACUGAAAUCAAGGCAGAGGAACCUCCAGAACCGGCUAUUCCUUCGCCUUCGCCACCCAAACUCACGUCAUACCAUGGCAAAAUUAAAAUAGCAACGUUCUCAGAUCUGAAGGGCAUAGACGUGAUGAAUAUUCCAAUGGAUAUGGACGACUCUUGUCUAAGUGAAGCGGACUUCAACUCUUCGCAUAGUGAGCCAGUUGUUAAUGCUCAGGUGCAGCAACAAACUGCUGCACCAAUAAACACAAUCAAGAACUUCGUACCAACAUCGAGUCCUGAACUGAUGCAAGAGACACAUGCUUGUUUCCUAUCGCUCAUCCGAGACAUCUUCUGCUCCACACCCAACCAUCGUAUGAAGCUGGAUGACUUGCGGGAGAAGAUUAAUGUUUGGCUUUCCAAUCCCAUCACAGCCUUAAACGACUGGUACUGUUUGGCCGAGAGUUGGUCUUCGUUAGUAACGUCGGCGAUAAAUUUUCUAGCAGGGGAUUUCAGUGACCAACCGGAUGAGUAUGUUCCGUACAUAGAAUACAAGUCCCAAUUGAAUAUAUACCAGUGGAUUGGCGCAAGUCGAGACUCUGACACACACCUCGUCCAGUUGUGCAAGUACUGGAUGUCGCGCAAACACGAGAUGACCCACAAACCCAUUCAAAAAGCAGACAUGACUCCCAGGAAGUCCAUAGAUUUUGAUGAGAAUGGGUCCAACGAAAGGGCGACAUCUCCUCCACUGCCACGCUGUCCAACAGCCUGGGCCGUGCAGCCUUCCAGUCCAGAAGAAAUGCUAGAAUUCCAACGCCAAGAGAGGGAACGUUUCGAGAACCCCCAUCGAUCGUUUACAUAUCGGAUGCAUGGCUAUGAAAGUGUUGUCGGCCCCGUAAAAGGAAUAUACACUCAGAUCUUCGCCCUAACGAAGGCCCGAGGGCAUAGUAUGAUGAUCGGCGAUCGUCCAAGUUUUGUAACAAUUCUCACCUUGGUCAGAGAUGCAACUGCCCGUCUCCCCAAUGGAGAAGGCACCCGAGCUGAUAUAUCAGAGCUCCUUAAGUGUUCGCAAUACAUUAACCGAGAUGCUCCGGAAAAUGUUCUCCAGACAAUUGUAAGUGGAGCUCUUGAUCGAAUGCACACCGAACACGAUCCUUGUGUUAGAUACGACACCAAGCGGAAAAUUUGGAUCUACCUGCAUCGAAAUAGAUCGGAGGAAGAAUUCGAACGAAUGCAUCAGCAGUAUCAAGGAAUUGGCAAGCACAAGAAGCCAGCAAAUCGCAAAGUCAAAGCGAAAAUCGUCAUUAAAGAAAACGUUUCAAUUACAAGUCCAACGACUCCAUCGUCAUCGCUGCCAGCUUUGAUGCCUUCGAAUCCAAUUAUCGUCAGUAGUUCGCCAAAUCCACAAAAGAACACUCAACAGCAGGCACAGAAAACGGUUGUGAAGCCUGAAUUAAUAUCCGAAGAUAAAAUAGAGGUCAUCGAAACACAGGAAGUAUCUACUGCAGACGAUGCACUAUCACCUGCAUUACCAACGAUACAAGUCCAGCAGCAGCAGCAACCACAACAACAACAGCAACAAAAACAACAAACACAGUUUAUUUCGCAAAAGAUCUUUGCUACCACAACGAGUAGUACCUCUCCCCAACAACAACAGCAACAAGCGCAAGCGAAAAAGCCAAAUUCAACACCAAUAAUUGUUUCAACCCCGACUGGUAUUCAAACGGUUCAUGUUUCGGCAGCCAACAACUCAACUUUAAUUACAAUUCCUAGUUCUUCAACAAGUUCUAGCAGCCCUGAGAAGAAGCAACAGCAGCAGCAGCCAAUACCUAGCCCCACAAUUGUAUUCCCAACAACGCAACAGAUAAUUGCAACAAGUCAACAGCCACAGCAACAGAUCUCCGUCUCCAACAAGAAGAUCUCCCUCAACAAACCCAUAAUUAUAAAUCAAACAGUUGCCACCGGUCAGCAACAGGUUCGUCCUCAACAACAGCAGCAGCAAACCCACCAACAACAACAAGGUUUCAUCAUUCCCAUCAACAUCAACAACUCGGAGCAGUUCAAGGUUAUGGGAAAUUCUAUUCUCCUAACCGACCAACAGAAAGCCAACAUCAAUUCCUCAACCCCCACAACAUUCAUGCAACAGCAAUCGUCUAAGAAUAUAGUGCGCCUGGCUGGCAAUAAGUCGCUGCUAUCACCCCAAUUAAACAAAGUCCAGCCGCAGACCUUGCAGAAGCUACCAACAAUCACGGCAACUGCUAUCCGACCACAGUUGCAGAAGACAAUUGGUGGAAUAUCACUGAUAAAUAAUGCCACAGUUGGCGGAGUCAAAAUGUCCUCACAGACUCUGACGAAUCUCCAACAGAAGCAAAUCAUCCAGAGUUUCCUCAAUCAGCAGGGCAAUAAGCAACGACUUGUUAUUGGGAAUUUGGGAACGGUCAUUCCACAGCAGCAACAACAGCAAUUACUGCAGAAUAAAAACGUUAUCAUUCAACAGACUUCACAGCCACAGAAACUAAUUAAUGCUGCCUCAUCAACUGUUGUGGCGUCGACUGCAACCAACACUGGCACUGGCACUAUUAUCUCGACUUCGUCGCAGGGAGGUAACAUCAUUGGAUCGCCGAUCUUUCAAAUCCAUUCGGCGCCUUCAACGCAAGGGGGAGCGACUAAGAUUCAG